UGACAGUGACAGAACUGCUAAGAGAAGAGAUGUGUGCCGAAUAAAAACUUUGAAAAAUCUGGAAAAAUAACCUUAUAAUCUUAGAAUCGAGAUUAAAUAAUAAUUUCUUAAUGAAAUUCCCGUUUUCUCCAUAACUUCACAGAAAAGGAAAGAUGCACGCAGCGAAUGCGUUAGUAAGGAAUACUGUAUUGUUCAAUCCGAGUUUGAGGUCUUCUACGCGAAUUGCUAGAAAUGUAUCACAAAUUGCAUCACAUCUCUCCAAAAAGUCAGCGGGAAACCGCUUAUUGAAAUGCUAUAAUAGAUACAGUGCGCACAAUUGCCGAGUUGCUGCCUAUGAUGGAAAUUUGCCUAUAAUUAAUCAGAUUUAUUCCAGUAGACUUUUCUCAACUGGCAAUAAAAAUGACCCAGAAGAAGAAGAUCCCCCAGUGGAUGUAAAGGAUGAGACUCCUUUAUUUUCGAGCCAGCUGCCAGCCACAGUAGCGGUGCCGGAGGUGUGGCCACAGGUGCCUGUAAUAGCUAUCAACAGGAAUCCAGUGUUCCCAAGAUUUAUCAAACUUAUAGAGAUAUCAAACCCAGCAUUAAUAGACCUAAUAAGACGGAAAGUCAAACUAAACCAGCCCUACGUCGGAAUCUUUCUCCGUAAGAAGGAAGACGAGAAGUCUGACGUAGUUUCCACUUUAGACGACUUGCACGACGUUGGCGUGUUUGCACAGAUACACGAAAUGCAAGACAUGGAUUACAAACUGAGACUUGUUGUGAUGGCGCAUCGGAGAAUCAAGAUAACUGGCCAGUUUGUCGAAGACGAAAUUGAGACUGGACCUGCAGAAAUGAAGCUCAAGUUUCCCGUGUUUAACGUGGAAUUUAACGUUACCCGCGAAGAAACAGACGCCGAGCGCCGUCGGAGAAAGUACCGCAACACGAGACGGAAGACCAGCGAUACGGAGGAGCCCGCGGGAGAGAAGGAGACGAAGAAAGUGUUACCCGACCAAGUUAUGAUGGUCAAAGUGGAGAAUAUGCAACACGAAAAGUUCCAGCAAAAUGAGGAGGUGAAAGCGCUGACUCAAGAAGUUAUAAAGACUAUACGGGAUAUCAUUAACAUGAAUCCCUUGUACAGGGAAUCUCUUCACCACAUGUUAGCGCAAGGUCAAAGGGUGGUCGACAAUCCAGUUUACCUGAGUGACUUGGGCGCGGCGCUGACGGGGGCUGAGCCUGCCGACCUGCAAGCUGUGUUGGAGGAGAUGGACAUACCGAAGCGGUUGAUGAUGUCGCUGUCGCUGCUGAAGAAGGAGUACGAGUUAUCCAAGCUGCAGCAGAAGAUUGGCAAGGAGGUGGAAGAGAAAGUGAAGCAGCAGCACAGGAAGUACAUCCUUCAUGAACAGCUAAAGGUGAUAAAGAAAGAGCUAGGGCUGGAAAAAGACGAUAAAGACGCGAUAGGCGACAAGUUCCGCGAGCGCCUGGCCGACAAGCAGGUGCCGGCCGCCGUGCAGACCGUCAUCGACGAGGAGCUCAACAAGCUCAACUUCCUGGAGAGCCACAGCUCAGAGUUCAAUGUCACUCGGUGUUACCUCGACUGGCUGACAUCAUUGCCGUGGGGGGUCACAUCUGAAGAGAACCUGAAACUUGAGGACGCGCAAGUCAUCCUAGACGAGGACCACUAUGGAAUGGAAGACAUCAAAAAGCGAAUUCUGGAAUUCAUAGCUGUGUCUCAACUUAAGGGCAGCACCCAAGGCAAGAUACUGUGCUUCCAUGGACCUCCAGGAGUUGGUAAAACUAGUAUUGCCCGUUCAAUAGCCCGCGCGCUCAACCGCCAGUACUUCCGCUUCUCCGUGGGCGGUAUGACGGACGUGGCGGAGAUCAAGGGUCACCGGCGCACGUACGUGGGCGCCAUGCCCGGCAAGCUGGUGCAGUGCCUCAAGAAGACCGCCACAGAGAACCCGCUCGUGCUCAUCGACGAGGUCGACAAGAUCGGCAAAGGUGUCCACGGAGAUCCAUCAUCAGCGCUGCUAGAACUGCUGGACCCGGAGCAGAACGCCAACUUCCUGGACCACUACCUGGACGUGGCAGUGGAUCUGUCCCGGGUGCUCUUCAUAUGUACCGCCAACGUUGUGGACCUUAUACCAGAGCCUUUGCGGGAUAGGAUGGAACUCAUUGAUAUGUCUGGUUACGUAGCAGAAGAGAAGUUGGCGAUAGCGCAGCAGUACCUGGUGCCGACCGCCCAGAAGAACUGCGGCCUCUCGCAGGAGCAGAUGGAGCUGACUCCGGAGAGCCUGCACACGCUCAUCAAGUCCUACUGCAGGGAGAGCGGCGUCAGGAACUUGCAGAAGCACAUCGAGAAGAUAGCACGGAAGGUGGCAUUCAAAAUCGUGAAGAAAGAAGCCGACAAGAUGGUCAUAGACGAAAGCAAUUUGUCGGAUUUGGUGGGCAAGCCGACGUUCAAACACGACCGCAUGUAUGACGUCACGCCCCCGGGAGUGGUCAUGGGGUUAGCCUGGACUGCGAUGGGUGGCAGCACACUGUACAUCGAGACGGCUCUCCGCAACACGUUCAAGGACGACAAGCUCACAGCCGGCUCCAUGGAGCUGACGGGGCAUCUCGGCGACGUCAUGAAGGAGUCCGCGCGCAUCGCCCUCACCGUCGCUAGGAACUUCCUCGCCGAGCUCAGACCUGACAACAACUUCCUAAAUACUAGCCACAUCCACCUGCACGUGCCGGAGGGCGCCACGCCCAAGGACGGCCCGUCGGCCGGCGUGACCAUCACCAGCGCGCUGCUGUCGCUGGCGCUGCGUCGGCCGGUGCGCGCGCAGCUGGCCAUGACGGGCGAGGUGUCGCUCACGGGUCGCGUGCUGCCCGUCGGCGGCAUCAAGGAGAAGAUCAUUGCGGCGAAACGCGUGGGAGUGACCUGCGUGAUCCUUCCAGAAGAGAACAGAAGAGACUUCGACGACCUGCCGUCCUUCAUCCGCGAGGGCAUCGAUGUGCACUUCGUCGGCGAGUACGAGGAUGUGUUCAAGAUCGCCUUCGAGCAGGACCAGAUAAAAAUCAAUGAAGUGCACUAAAAUCUAAGUUUGGUGCACAGAUGGUCGCUGCCGGCAUCAAGAGGGCCUUCAACUAGGAUUAAGGACUAGAAGAAAUACACAGAUUUAUGUUCAACAAACUUUAUUUUAAUAAAUAUGUUAUAUAGUACAAA